AUGGCGGAGAAGCAGCAGGGGUUUGGCGCCGACGUGGACGUCAGUCACCUCUGCUGUCCAGUGUGUCUGGACGUGCUCAGGGAGCCUGUCAGCCUCCAGUGUGGACACAGCUACUGCAGAGGCUGCAUCGAGGGAUGCUGGGACCAGAACAAGGACCAGGACCAGCUGAGCUGUCCUCAGUGCAGAGAGAGCUUCUCAGCCAGGCCUGUCCUGAAGACCAACACCGUGCUGGCUGAGGUUGUGGAGAGGCUGAGGAGGACAAGCACCGAGCAGGUUUCUCCCUCUCUGGCCUGUGCCGGCCCAGAGGACGUAGCCUGUGAUUUCUGCUCCAGCGCCAGAAGAAACAAAGCCACCAUGUCUUGUCUGACGUGUUUAGCGUCUUACUGUCCCGCUCACCUCGAGCCUCACCACAGAGUUCCCGUGUUUAAGACGCACCAGCUGGUCUCAGCUUCGUCCCCACUGCAGGACAAGAUGUGCAAGACGCACCACAAGCUGAUGGAGGUCUACUGUGAGACAGACAGGAUGUGCAUCUGCUAUCUGUGCACUGUAGAUGCACACAGGCAGCACAGAAUAUGGUCGGCUGCAGCGAAAAGGGCUUAUGAACAGAGACAACUGAUUGUGAAUCAAAAAGCAGUGCAAGCGAGAUUCCAGGAGAGAGAAAUGGAGCGGAGCAAGUUGGUCCAAGCGAUGAAGGACUUUAAGAGUGGUUGCCAAACUGCAGUAAAGUCCAUUGAUGACAUCUCUGAUGAGCUGGUCUCUGAAAUAGAGACAACUUGCAUUUCAGUAAAUACGCUCCUCAAAGUCCAGGAGAAAAAGGCCAUAGCGAGUGCCGAAGGUCUGCAGCUGCAGCUGGAGAAGGAGAUCACCAAGCUUAGGAGAAGAGACAAAGACCUGGAACGGCUUUCUCAUACGGACGACCACGUUCAUUUCAUUAAGACCUUCCAGUCUCUCUCCACCUCAUGCGAGUCUCGAGACCUGCCACUCAGUGCUGUAGUUCUUCCCCGUCGUUCCAUGGAAACAGUGACCGACCGCGUCUCUGAGCUGAGAGACGACAUCAGGCGUCUGCUGAAGUCGGCAUUGCCCAAGAUCUCUGCAACAGUGUCUGCUAUUGAUGUUGUACUGCCACCUGAGCCAAAGACCAGAGGAGAGUUUCUAUGUUAUUACUCUGCUCUAACACUGGAUGCCAACUCAGUCUCCCAAAUGUUUUCUCUUUCACAAGAAUAUCGGCGGGUGACGAGUCAUUACUCUAGUCAAUAUCACGCCUCUCACCCAGACAGAUUUAACAGUGCCAGGCAGGUGCUGUGCAGGGAGGCUUUGUCAGAGCGAUGUUACUGGGAGGUCAGUUGGAGUGGUUGUACUUGGUCAGUGGCGGUGUCUUACAAAGACAUCAGCAGAACAUCAUCCCAGUUUGGAGACAAUAACAAAUCAUGGAGUUUAGAGUGCUCCUCAGGCGGCUAUACCUUCCGACACAACAGCAGAAGCGUGGCAGUGUCAGGCCCUAAAUCCAACAGAGUCGGAGUGUACCUGAAUUAUAAGGCGGGUACUCUGUCGUUUUACAGCAUCUCUGACUCGAUGACUCUGCUCCACAAGGAGAAAACCACAUUCACUCAGCCUCUCUAUCCUGGCCUCGGGCUGAAGAGUUGCACCUGCUAUAGGUGUCAUGCAGAGGUGAUGAAGUUAUGGUAG